AUGUGGCCAGAAGGUUAUCAAUUCGAGCGAAGUUGGUCAUUAGUGAUUCUGGAAGCCGAAGAAGAUGAAUCACCGAGAAGUUUGGAGGAGUUGGAGAUUUACACGGUAUUUCUGAAUGAAUGAAAGUUCUAAUUUGGCGCCCCGGUGAGCAUGAAACAUUUUGGGUGUAGGAGUUUUUUGUUGCCAUUAUUUUUAGACACAUUGUAGUUGCUUUUUCAAUUUUGCACUCACCUUUUCCUAUUUUUUGAAACAUUUAAAAUGAUUUUUUUAAACAUUGUGUUUUUUCACGCUUUAAAAAGGUCACGAAAAAAUUGAAAUAAUUUUUUGGGGGGUAACCUUUUUUUUAGAAAUUUGGGAUGUGAUUCACAUCAUGUGAAUAUUUUGAAAAUUCUAAAAAUGUCAUCCUAGACUACUGUAGUACUGUACGGGAUACUAUAACACGAAAAAAAAUUUGUAAAUUUCAGAAGGUCUAGACAAGAAUUACUCUAACUGCAAGUCAUACUGUAGUUAGAAAACUACAAAGGCAUACUGUAGUUCCCAGGCUAAGGUAAUGGGUUACUGUAACGCAGCGACUACAAAAAAAUAACUAGUUCGCAUACUGCAACGUAUAUUGUAGAUCGAUAAUUUAAAACUGCAAGAAGUACUUUACCUCAGAUUUUUUUCGAGAAAACUCGAAAAAUUUCAGAAUCUCAAGACUCACAGUUUUAUCCUUUGAAUUUGAAGAAAUAAAAAUUGUUUCAAUUUGUGUGUCUCGUAACGUUUUCGGGCAAUUCUUAUACAGAAAAACCCCCAAUUUUCGAAACUCCAUCAAAUCCAUAAGUUCAAUUUCAAAAAAGUGUUUGUGUUUUUUGUUCGAACAAAAAGCUUCUGAAAAAGGCGCUCGCCAAUUUUCUGCCAAUUUCGCCUUCCUUUUUCUUAUUUCUGAGAGCGGCUUGGCUUUUUUCGCGUUUUUUCCGGUCGAAGUCGAUUUAUUUUCACAUCACUGAAUCUCUCCUUAAAAUCUCGAGCACCACGCAUUUUUCGGUCUAUUUGAACUAAACUAAACUAUGAACGAUUUCGAUAAGGUUAGUUCAAAAAUAAUUGAUCUUGGUUUUAAAUUUCAAAUUUUGAAAUUUGAAAUUCAAGCCUAUUCUCGAGCGCAUUUGCGCAAUUCUAAAAUAUUUAGGUGAUUCGUCAAGGAAACUUAAAGUUGCUGACAAGUUUGGCAACUGUCCAACUUUUUACAGGAGUUCAUGGAAUUGAGGUCUGCCAAAAAAUAACUAUCAAUUAACUUUGUUGUAAAAUUAAUAUGCAUGAAAAUAUUGUAAAUCUAGAACUUUAAUAAUAUUUACGAAAAUAAAUCACAAUAAAAAAAAUUCCAGGAGAACCGCCGAUAUUUUUCGGAUCAAGACUUCCGUCGUCCUCGUAAAAACGAUCAGAAUAUGGUUGAAUAUUGGGUUCCGCCAGAGAAAAAUGGAACUCCAGCAAAAAAGAUCAGCAACGCAACUGCAAAUGGCAAACGAGUUCAGCCAAAUCAAAUUGGACCAAGUGGUGUUCAUCAAAAUCUUGGUGGAAAUAAUGGAAAUGGUGCAAGGAAAACCCCGAAAAUCAAAGAGCCACGUGGCGGAGAAAAUGGAAACAAGAAAAGUUCAUCGGGUAGGUUGGAAUAUUUUUGAAACCGGAUGCGAUUUCUAUAGAAAAAGAAACAAAGAUAUUUUUUUCUUAAGAAAAACCACCUCGUGGUUGGAAAAUUAUGUAUUGGAAAAUAUCGAGCAAAUUUGAGAAAAUAGCUGGAAAAAUAAGUCAUUAUUGGCAGAAGUUGAGGUUGUUUCGGAAUCGGAUGAAGACAAAUAAAGUGGCGCCAAUUCAUACAAAGUAAGUUUGAUUUUCAGGAGGCCGUGAAGCAGAGAUCUUUAUCUCAGGUUCUUUUUUCAGAGUUCAAUCCCGCCAUCUCGAACUCGAACCUCUUUGUUGCCUUUCAUCCUGUCUUGUCCGCGGUGGUUGCACUUCUGUCGUCGUUUUCGAGUUAUGCUAUAUUGCUCUUACUCUUCUAUGUAUAUUUGAAAAAUUCUUCCGAAAAGGAUUCGUUUUCUGGGAGGAUAUUCCAGACACUUUUGAGAUGUGGUUUGAACAUCCGAUUUUUUAUUAUAUCGUCUUAUUUUAUGAUAUUGUAAGCUUAAUGUAGAAAAUUCCAUCGAUAAUCUCAAUUUUUGCAGCUUCUUUUCCUCGUUGCAGUUUCCACAGCUCGCUCUCUCGUCAACUUCCAAAAAACCGCCUUAAAAAUCCACGUAUAUUUUUGUAUCUUCUCAUUGAUCCUCAACCUAAUUUUUGCAAUAUUUUCAAUUUGGUGUAUCGCAAGCCCCAACAGCCCCCUCUAUUUCACAUUCAUGAAUUCCCUUCUAAUUUUUUGCUUCCUAUUUCAACUUCCCUUGCAAUUAUGGGCAGUUACAGUAGUUCGAAGUUGUCGCGAUUUUUUCGCAUUAAUUCAUGUUUUUGUGAGCCUAGCUGAGUCAUAGAUUCUAUGGGUACUUUUUAUUUAUAACGUGUGUAUAUGAUUUCAUUAUCAAAAAAAAACUUUUUUCGUGAUUAUUCAUCGAAAAAAUGCAAAAAGUCAAACGUCAUUAAUCUAUCAAACUGAUAACAAAUAAAUAUAUAAAUAAAUAGAGUUUGAUGAAAAUUUAUCAUCAUUUUUCAACUUUCCAAAAAAAAAAAAGAAAAAUGAGAAAAGUUGGAGCAAUCGGAAUUCUUCUUCUCAUUGGUUUGGUUUUAGAAGCUGUUGCACUUUUCACAGAUGGAUGGAUUGUAAUUAAUCUUGUAUUCACAACUAUUUAUUAUGGAAUUGUUCCGUAUAACUCGGUGAGUUCCUAUAACUAACAACAUCCUCCAUAAUAAUAAUUAUUAUUAUUAUUUUUGUAGUACAACCCAUUCUGGUUCAAUUUUUCAAGUUGGUUGAUGUAUAUUUCAUUUGGCCUAUAUAUUUUUGUAAUCUUGGCAUAUUUACACGCAAUGUGAGUUUAUUUCUAAUUACAAUCUUUAAUUAACUAAUUUAUUAUGACAUUUUAGGAAAAGAGUUCGACAUCACGGAUGUUCUCAUUCAAUUCGUCACAGCUUCAAUGCCAUAUCUUCGUUUGCAACUGUAAUUGGUAUUUUUGAAAUUGUAGCUUUCAUUGAGUUUGCAAUCAAUACUAAUAGUUAUAGAGGAUAUCAUUUAGCUAGUGUAAGUUAUUUAAUUUAUUAACAUCACAAAUAUUAUUGUUUUGCAGUUGGGAUAUUCGGCGUAUUUGGCACUAGUUUCUGGAAUUGUCACACUUUUGGCGAGUGGAUUGUCACAGCAUGUUCGAAUGUAUGAUUGUUGUUAA